AUGAGGGCUUUAUUUAUGAGACGUUUUGCAACUCAAGAUAUUGUUUGUUCUUUUAUUUUUUGUGUGCUCUUGCCUCUAGGCUUUAUUUAUACUGCUUUGGUUACUCUUACGAAUUGGUAUGUAGUCUUUUCUUCGGAAUGGUUAUUUCGAAUUAUUCCUCUUUUAUUUUUUGGUUUUAAUGUUUACUUAAAUGCUUGGAAAGUUGUUAAAGUUGGACCUAAUUCUCCAAAUGCUUCUUUGUUGCCUACAGUGCAAAAGGCUGGCUAUCGUUUUUGUUAUGAAUGUAAUUUUAAUGCUCCCCCACGUUCUUUCCACUGUCCAGUUUGUAAUAUUUGUAUUUUGCGUCGAGAUCACCAUUCUUCGUUUGUUGGGUGUUGUGUUGGUCAUUUCAAUCAGCGUUAUUUUGUUGCUGCUAUUUUUAAUCUUUUACCGAUUACUCUUAGCUGUGUUGUUUGGAAUGUCUUUAUGUUAAUACCAAUAUUUAAUAAUUUAUUUAAUAUCUGGAAAGUUAUUUUUCCUCAUUUGGCUUUUUUACUUGGUGCUAUAUCUUUCAAUCAAUUUAUUUUAAUCGCAACAUUCGCAUUUUCUGCUGUAACUUUAACUUUUAAUAUUUAUUUAAUUAUUGCACAAUUAUUUUGUCUUUCAAUUGGACAAACACGUGUUGAAUAUCUUCAAAAUAUUAAUAUUUAUAAUCUUGGAAUUUGGAAGAAUUUAUUUGAAAUACUUGGAGAAAAUUGGCCUUUUAUUUUUAUUUCUCCUUUUAUUAAAUCUCCGCUGCGGUCAGAUGGACAUUCCUUUACUACAAGAGAAAUGCAGGAAAUACGGCCAAAAUAUUUUUGA